AUGACCAAGAAGUUCACGCCCCAAGAGAUCCAGGAGAUCAAGGAGUACUUGAAUGGUCUACUGGAUCGCGACGCAGACGACACAGCCUCCACAGACGUCGACGCGAUCGAGGCCGCGUUCUGGGAACGCCUCCAGCCUCGCCUCUUCCAGAAUCCACACUCCAGCGGCGCGGAUCAACUCGCCAAGGUCGUUCAAGCCACAAUCGACGGGGAUGACAGUGUCGGGCUCACCAGCACGGUACUGCUCAUUCCUGCCGUAGACCCAACGGUUGGUGCUGCAGCUGCAAGCGCCGCCAGCUCGUCUUCGUCCAAGUCGUCCAAGCCUCGCAAGUCGCGCAAGCGUGAAGCUUCGGCUACCCGGAACCGUGCCAAGGCCUCGACCAAGAAGCUCAAGACUCGCUCCGCGUCCAAGUCGGCUUCACAGCUACAGAAUCCGCUGCCAGCGGUCCUUCAGGUCAGCCCCACGGCCAAGCCCGAAGUCCAUAAAGACAUCACGGCCGUCCUGUACCGGUCCUUGAAGCUAAACUCCGUUCCGUACCGCCUCGCGUUGCCGUGGAAAGGUCGGCAGCUCUUCUACGACCCUCGUGAGUACCCAGGUGUCUACCGCGCCCAUUAUCGUUUCUGGAUGAGCGGGAGACAACUCUUCUGGGCGUGGGCGUUCCACGCGCCUCUGAAGGACAAGGCCGCCACUGACGCACGACGCAAGUACAAGUGGAAGGUUGUCCAAGCUCGGAACAACUUCCUGAGUCUGCGCAUCGAGACGUUCAGCUUCUACUACCUCCUGGGUCGGCUCGACGACAGCGACGAGUUAUUUUGGUACGGAGGGCAGCCAGGCAAAAGCCCCCCCCCCGAAGCUCAAAACUACGACGGUCCGCUUGCCGAGGAUCUCGGCUCACUGGCCGCUCACGAUCCACCGCGCUACCGCUUCAUGCUCACUCACGCCUUGGAUCCAGACUAUAUCGACAACUACGGCUACAGCUGCAUGCGUUCGCUCCUCGAGUCCACCGGCGCGUUGGACACCGAAGCCAAGGAGGGCAGUCGCCUCUCCGAGGUCGCUCUUGCGCCCGUUCGUAAGGACGUCAUGACCAAGCGAGACGUUCCCGACACGCGGGUCGGCGACGAAACGAAGGACCCGUGGAAGAAAAUCCGCUUCCACUAUCGCAUCAAGCAUCUCCAGGACCGCGUCUACGCGGACAUCAACAAGGGCACCUACCAAGUGACGGAGCCGCCAUCUCUCACUAAGGCUGAGCUGGACAACGACGACUGGUCGGACUUCGAAGACGAAGACGGCAACCCCACCGCCUACCCUCCUGGCACGCUCGACCCUGACGCUCGCGAAGGCGACGGAGACGAAGCAGGCGAUGAUGAAGGCAGUCCCGACACCAGCGACGCCGAGUUGAAGGCCAAGCUCAACCAGUAG